GGGAGUACACUGCGCCCGCUUGUCGCCACCGGGUCCCGGAGACCAUGGGGAAGCUGGUGGUGCUGACCUUGCUUGGGGCCCUCCUAGCCCUAGUCGGGGAGAGAUUAGUGGCGUUUAGACAAAGAACGAAUGCAUCUCGAGAAGUGGAACCAGUAGAGCUCCCAAACUGCCACCUUAUUGAGGGUCUUGAAAAUGGCUCUGAAGAUAUUGAUAUACUUCCUAGUGGGCUGGCUUUUAUCUCCAGCGGAUUAAAAUAUCCAGGCAUGCCAAACUUUGCACCAGAUGAGCCAGGACAGAUUUUCUUGAUGGAUCUGAAUGAGCAAAACCCAAGGGUCCAAGCACUAAACAUCAGUGAUGGUUUUGACAAAGCAUCAUUUAAUCCACACGGAAUUAGUACUUUCAUUGACAAAGACCAUACCGUGUAUCUUUAUGUUGUGAAUCACCCCCACAUGAAGUCCACGGUGGAGAAAUUUAAAUUUGAGGAAGAACAACGUUCUCUUAUACACCUGAAAACUAUAACACAUGAACUUCUCACAAGAGUGAAUGACAUUGUGGUUCUUGGACCAGAACAGUUCUAUGCCACCAGAGACCACUAUUUUACCAACUUCUUCAUGGUACUAUUGGAGAUGAUCAUGGAUCUUCGUUGGACUUAUGUUCUUUUCUACAGUCCAAGAGAGGUCAAAGUGGUAGCCAGAGGAUUUGGUUCUGCCAAUGGGAUCACAGUCUCACUAGACAAAAAGUAUAUCUAUGUAGCUGAUGUAUUGGCUCAGAGCAUUCAUGUACUGAAAAAACAUGAUAACUGGGAUUUAACUCAAGUGAAGGUAAUGCCGUUAGGCACCUUAGUGGAUAACUUAACUGUGGAUCCUGACACAGGAGCUAUUUGGGCAGGAUGCCAUCCUAAUGCCAUGAAGCUGCUCAUCUAUAACUCUGAGGAUCCUCCAGGGUCAGAAGUGCUUCACAUCCAGGAUGUUUUGUUUGAGAAGCCCAAAAUAAGCACCAUGUAUGCCAAUAAUGGCUCUGUGCUUCAGGCAAGCUCUGUGGCUUCUGUGUACCGUGAGAAACUUCUCAUAGGCACCGUAUUUCACAAAGCUCUAUACUGUUUGCUGUAGACUCUAGGCAUUCCAGAAAGUCUUGUCAACCAACAAAAAACAAAACUGCAGGCUGCAGAAUAAAAUAACUGUGUUUAUUUGGGGUCUUAGGGAUUGCAAUAUGGGAGACACAAAUUCCACUGGAAUUGAAAGGUUGCUCUAGAGAGACAAAGGAGGUUAGAGUUUUUAAAGAGGAAAGAGGAGACUUACAUAAAUUGUUUGAAGAAAAUGUGCUCAGUGUUGGUAUGGGUACAGUUACACUAAUCUAUGUGUGAUUGGUUGCUAGGGUUAGCCAGUGCAUUUAGGUCCACUUUAGCUUUUUAUUUGAUUUCAUUUUAUUUUUGAGAGAAAGUGCAUGUGUGUGCACAUGCACAC